AAUAACCGCGCGCUCACGGCUUCUUACGGUGGCCGCUGCGUCUGCGUACGGGGAGCUGGUUGUCGCUGCGGCCGCCUGGAAUUGUGGGGGUUGUGUCUGCCCCUCGGCUGCCGGGCUGGAAGCCGAAGAAGACAGCCUCUCCUUACCCACAGAGCUUGCUGGAGCUGCAUUCCCACUCUGGAUAGGAAGGUGGUGGUGAAGGUGUGAGGAGCAGAGCUGGAGAUGAGCUGGAGCAGAGAUGACCCACAAAGACAGCACUGGGAUUCAUAUUUGUCUGCCCAAAUUAGGCAGUGAGCUUCUAUUUGUGUAGAGGCCCCUAAUUAUGCCUCAUCAGGGCCUGCUCCUAUUUAGGAUGGCUCCUCUGGGCAUGCUGCUCGGCAUGCUGAUGACCUCCUGCUUCACCUUCUGCCUCAGUCAUAAGAACUCGGAGUUUGCCCUGACCAACCCAGAGGAGAGCAGCACCAAAGAAACAGAGAGAAAGGAAACCACAGCAGAGGAGGAGCUGGAUCCCAAGGUCCUGGAGGUGUUUCACCCUACCCAUGAGUGGCAGGCACUUCGGCCAGGUCAUGCUGUUCCUGCAGGAUCCCAUGUGCGGCUGAAUCUCCAGACUGGGGCAAGAGAAGUGAAACUCCAAGAUGAGGACAAGCUUCGAAAUAAUUUGAAAGGGUUGAAAAAAGGCAAAAGGCUGGACAUCAACACCAAUACCUAUUCAUCUCAGGACCUCAAGAGCGCACUGGCAAAAUUCAAGGAGGGGGCAGAUAUGGAGAGUUCAAAGGAAGACAAGGCAAGGCAGGCCAAAGUUAAACAGCUGUUCCGUCCCAUUGAGGAGCUGAAGAAGGACUUUGAGGAGCUGAAUGUUGUCAUUGAGACUGACAUGCAGAUCAUGGCACGACUGAUCGACAAGUUCAAUAGUUCCAACUCCAGCCUGGAAGAGAAGAUUGCGGCACUCUUUGAUCUUGAAUAUUAUGUCCAUCAGAUGGAUAAUGCACAGGACCUGCUUUCCUUCGGUGGCCUUCAAGUGGUGAUCAACGGGCUGAACAGCACAGAACCCCUGCUGAAAGAGUAUGCUGCGUUUGUGCUGGGGGCUGCCUUUUCCAGCAACCCAAAGGUCCAGGUGGAGGCUAUUGAGGGAGGAGCCUUGCAGAAGUUGCUGGUCGUUCUGGCCACGGAGCAGUCUCUCACCGCAAAGAAGAAGGUUCUGUUUGCCCUGUGCUCCUUAUUGCGACACUUCCCCUAUGCCCAGCAGCAGUUCCUGAAGCUGGGGGGGCUGCAGGUGCUGAGGAGUCUGGUCCAGGAGAAGGGCAUGGAGGUGCUGGCUGUGCGUGUGGUCACUCUGCUCUACGACCUGGUCACUGAGAAGAUGUUUGCUGAGGAGGAGGCUGAGCUGAUGCGGGAGACGUCCCCAGAGAAGCUGCAGCAGUACCGCCAGGUGCACCUCCUGCCAGGCCUUCAGGAACAGGGCUGGUGCGAGAUCACUGCCCACCUCCUGGCACUGCCAGAGCACGAUGCCCGCGAAAAGGUGCUACAAGCGCUGGGUGCCCUUCUGGCCACCUGUCGGGACCGCUACCGUCAGGACCUGCAGCUCAACAGGACGCUGGUCACCCUCCAGGCUGAGUACCAGGCACUGGCUGCCCUGGAGCUCCAGGAUGGCGAGGAUGAGGGCUACUUCUGGGAACUCCUGGGCUCUAUCAACAGCUUGCUGAAGGAGCUAAGAUGAGGCUGCCUCUGACACUGGGACUGGACUGGGAUGCUGCUAGUAAGGCUGAGGGGCACCAGCUGGGGUGGGAUCUUCAGGGGAUACCAGCUAGGAGGGAGGACUUCCCCACUGGGGCCUGGGCAUCAUCUGGGCAGUGCUGGCCUGGCCAUUAAAUGGAAGCAUGAAGGCCA